AUUAAUUUUCCGUUCUCUGCACUGUUAAAGCGACUUAUUGUUGACAAUAUCGUGAAGUGCGCUCCGUUUCCAACUCCGUCACUCCAUGGACUGGACAAUUUUUGUUUACAGAGGUAUAUCAGCAAUGCGAAAAUAAUACCUAAUGGCGACUACCUAGUGGUAUGAAAUCGUUAUUUUUUUCGAUAUUUCUAAUAUUGUCGACAGUAGUCGGUUUGCUAAUAAAUGGGUACAUUUUGAUGGUGAUAAUUUUAACAAAACAAAUUAAAUCGGCCAACCAUAUACUUCUUUUCCACUUAGGUACAAUCGAUAUUUGUAUAGGAAUUAUAUUUCUAGUAUUUUUCAUACCGGGAGCACACGGUAAAGAAUGGGAGUCCGCUGGGUUGCCAUGUCUGUUUCAUGGAUUUAUCUUCACUUUCUUACAACCUUUGGCUCUAUGGACGAUAUGCGGAUUGAAUUGUGAUAGAUUCUAUAUAAUAUGUGUACCGCUACAUUACAAUCGAAUCAUUACGUCUAAAAAGGUUUUAAUAGCUUUAGGUGUUGUUUGGACGACAUCUCUCAUUCUAAGUACGCCACCUUUUUUUGAAAUAACUCCGUUUACUUUUACACCCCGUUUGGGUGCUUGUCAACCGGAAAGAUCAACAGGAAGCGGAAUUCUAUGGUAUUCAAUUAUAUAUACGACUUUUUCAUUAUUCUUACCGGCGUUCUUCAUUAUAUUUUCCAAUGUCAAGAUAUUUAUCAUAGCUCGCUACCAUAGACAUAGAAUAGCCUCCGCAAUAUUCCAAGUGGCAAUUUCAGCGCAGGUAGCUAUAACUCACCAAAAAAACCCCUUAUCUAUGUCUUUAGAACAAAUAGCGUCGCCGCCGUCAGGGCCGAAGUUCCACAGCGCCCUGUAUACUCUUCUUCAAAUAGUCGGUUCAUUUUUCAUACUUUAUCUACCGUAUUAUUUCGUUAUUUUAUGGGAGGCUGUCGUAGAUUCGUUCUACAAUAGCGACGGUAACAAAGCGUUGAAUUCCAUUUUUUACACGAUCUCUUCGAGUCUGUUAUUAUUCACAGUGCCGGUGAACGGUUUCCUAUAUGGUGUGAAAAGUAAACAGUUGCGGCAAGUUUUCAAAAACUACUGGAGGAAAAAGCAAACGGCGCACGAUUUGAACCAAGAAAUCCAAGCUAGAACACCCUCAGUUUGCGGCAGUCGACGCCCUUCACUUUUGAUUAAUUCGAAAAAUAUGUUAGCAGAUGUCAAUAAAAUAUUGAAAUCGCCGUUGAAAGGACAAAACAAUUCGAACACGUUGCAGGUGCCAAGUAGUUAUAAUCAAGAAGUAUCACUAGUAACGGAAGAUGAAAUUUACCGUAAAUUACAAUCUAAUAGUUCUGGCUCAAGAUAUAGAUUUCUACACAGUAUUUUUGGCGGUAGUAAGAAGAAUCAUAAUGUGUCAAAUAUGUAUAUACCUCUAAAAUCUACCUUUCAAAAUGCGAGAGAGAAAAAAUCACCAACUAUUUUAUUAACGAAGGCUUCUUCGGAAAAAAGUGUGUCUAGCACCGAUAGCGAUAUUAAAAUAUGUGAACCAUUGCUGGACAAGGAUAAUCAGUCGAAUUGUGUUAAGAUGAAGAAGAGGAAGUGUCAUAUCUUAGAAUCGAGCACCUUCAAGCCCCUAACUACAGACGUAACUAGCUUUAACGAAGAAACUAGCAACCGACCUCAAACUUCUACAUAUCAAGAUUGAAUAUAUGUUGUAGUCAAUCCAAACAAUCAUAUACAAUAAUAACAACGUCAAAUAUAGAUGCUUAAAAACUUA